UGCGAUUGGUCCAGCAGCGCUUGAGUUGUACUAGAUAGAUUGGCAAGCAGUCACUUUGAAAGUUUUUAAAAUAUCUCCAAAGACUUCAGCGGACGAGUGUGCUUUAUCUAAAAGGACUUUUGAUUUAGUUCAUAUCUCAUUUAUGCGUUUUGGGGAGCGGAUGACAAGUGUUGCGGCGUCUUUUAAAUCGUGCGUUUCUGUCUCAGCUCCAUCGGUAAAAUUUGCGUUUCCCCCACGAUACGUUGCGUUUGGAGGAAGGACAUCUAAAGCGGGGAUAAGAUGAGAGCGACCAGAAUGGUUUCAUCAGUGCUGGUGCUGGUGCUGAUGCAGUCCGGAGCGCUUUGCGCACGGAGGUUCCGGGGUGGCCGCAACCCACAACCACGACGCUCACCACCUCCUCCCACAUACCGGGCGGACCGGGGUGACACCACGGAGAGCUUCCCUCUGGAUUUCACCGCGGUGGAGGAGAACAUGGAUAACUUCAUGACACAAGUGAAGAACCUUGCCCAGUCCCUCUAUCCGUGCUCGGCGCAGAAGCUCGACUACGACAUGAAGCUGAACUUUUUGGAGAAUACAUCAGUCACCUGCAACGACGGCAGUCCCGCAGGGUACUACCUGAAAGAAUCUCGAGGUAGCAGACGGUGGUUGAUAUUCUUAGAGGGCGGCUGGUACUGCUUCAACAAGGAGAACUGUGACAGCCGAUAUGAAACCAUGAGGAGAUUGAUGAGCUCAUCCAAGUGGCCCCAAACUAAAACAGGCACGGGGAUCCUGUCUCCGCUGCCUGAGGAAAACCCUCAUUGGUGGAAUGCCAACAUGGUGUUCAUCCCAUACUGCUCGAGCGACGUGUGGAGUGGCGCUACAGCCAAAACAGAGCAGAGUGGCUAUGCCUUCAUGGGCUCGCUGAUAAUUCAGGAGGUUGUGAAGGACCUGCUGAGCAAAGGCCUAGACAAUGCCAAAGUUCUCCUAUUAGCAGGAAGCAGUGCGGGUGGUACUGGGGUCCUUUUGAAUGUGGACCGUGUGGCAGAGCUGCUGGAGGGACUGGGUCACACCGGGAUACAAGUACGAGGCCUGUCCGAUUCUGGCUGGUUCCUGGACAACAAGCAGUACCACUGCACGGACUGUGUGGACGCUGUCAGCUGUGCCCCCACUGAGACUAUCAAGAGAGGCAUCAAGUACUGGGGAGGAGUAGUGCCAGAGAAGUGCAGGCAAACCCAUGAAGGAGAGGAGUGGAACUGUUUCUUUGGAUAUAGAGUCUUCCCAUCAAUAAAAAGCCCCGUGUUUGUUGUGCAGUGGCUGUUUGAUGAGGCCCAGUUGACAGUGGAUAACAUCCAGCUAACAGGACAGCCUGUGCAGGAAGGCCAGUGGCGCUACAUUCAAAACCUGGGCAUUGAGCUGAGAAACACACUCAAAGAUGUCCCAGCCAUGUUUGCUCCAGCAUGCCUGUCACAUGAAGUUAUCACCAGAAAUUACUGGAUUGACGUGCAGGUUAAAGGCACUUCCUUGCCCCGUGCACUGCACUGCUGGGACCGCAGCCUCCACGACAACAGGAACAACAAGGCUCCACCUAAAGGCUGCCCUGUACAUCUGAUCGACAGCUGCCCAUGGCCACACUGCAACCCCACUUGCCCCACCAUCCGAGACCAGUUCACAGGACAAGAGAUGAAUGUCAUUCAGUUCCUCAUGCACAUGGGCUUUGAUGUGCAGAAGAUGGCCCAGCAGCAGGGCAUGGACCCCAGCAAGCUACUGGGCAUGCUCAGCAGUGGCAGCUAAAAGGACACAUCUGCACACAGUAUCUCCAAGCUACACCCAAGCAGGGCUGGCUGGUCUCUGGCCAGUCUCCCAUGCCUGAUACCUCCAACUAACCCAUCCACCUUCACAACCCAUUCUACCUUUAGUCUGACCUCUUGUUUACUUUAUUCCAAGCCUCAAACACAGGGGCUUAGAUUUGUCCCACAGUCCAUUUCCUCACAACUGGUGACAAAUACAGGAGCUACAUGCCACCACGACAAGGCACAACUCUCUGCUACUCUUCUUUUAAAUUAUCUUUUGCUUUGUAAAAGAAAAAAAUAUCACGAAUGUAAUCCAGUUUUAAGGAUGCUCAUUGAUGUUUUGUUUUUUAUUAUUUUCAUCCUUGCAUAUAGAUUAUUUAGUCAUUGUUAAAGAACAAAGCCACAAUGACAUAAGGAUGCUGUCUUUGUUGUUUGUAGCCAGUAUAGAGUAUAUAAGGGUAUAAUUUUGUUCAAACUGUUUCGUAGUUGGGUUCAAACAACAUCUCACCACACACUAAAAAAACCUACAUCAAUGCAGAGACAGGGACAUAAUAAGGUGAGAAAAGCACUGGAUCAGGAAGUAAACUUUCUAUUUAUCUCUAAAGCAAUGGCAAAAACAACAGAGAGAGAGAGACAACUGACACCGAUACUCCUCUAAUCAAUUUGUGGUUUAAGACCAGGUUGGAUUAACUUUACACAGUCGCGCUACUGAAACUAAACAAACAUUAGAUGUUUACUUUGCUAAUGAAAGGAAAGAAGUCAAAGAGAACAAGAUACACACUUUAUAUUAUUGUUGUGUUUAUCAUGGGUUCAGAGAAAAUAUCCCUGUAGCGGUAACUCAGAUGUAGCUGACAGUGACGUAUUUUCAGUUUGGACAGAUGGGAAGAUAGUCGUUUCCUGAAGCUGAUUGUACUGCUAAAGUAAACCUGGAAAGACUUUGAGGUCAAUCAGGACCUAUACAUACACCACAGUGCCAUUACAUCUAGUCUAUACCUCUUUCUCACAGGCCACAUCAUCACAAGAGGAUUGUUCAAGCCCGGACAAAAGGUACAAAUUCAUGUUAAACCACCUCAGUAGUUCAGCAAUCCUCAGAUCAAUGCAAUGAACAUUUAAAGGGAGACAAAUAUCGUGUAUUGUAUAUUUUUUUGAGUAUUUGUAUAGGUUCUUUCAAGUGUUCACUAUUGUAACUCCCUUCUUAUAUUUCAUAAUAGAGAUCACUUUUUAAUAUAAUGACAAUGUUGUAUGUAAUGAUGUCUUUAUAAAUGAUGUUUUUAAAGGACCUCUAUUUCACAUCACACCAGAGAAGGAAAGGUAUUGCUAAUUGUAAUUUUAUUCUGUAACAUAUUUUUUAAACAGAAAAAAAACUCAAGCUACAUUGGUAA